AAUUAUAUAAAGAAAACCCCUUCUCUAUGCAACUCCAGCACCUCUCUUCUCUCUCUUGCUCUCCUCAUUCUCAGUCUCUCUCAUUUCUCUCUUGACUCACUGUCUCUACUCCCCGAGAUGUUCCUUUUGUCGUGUGCCGAUAACAUCUUGGUGUGAUCAAGGCGGGGGCUCCUUUUGUUCUGUCCCUGUGAGGUGAUCAACUCCGAUCUACUGUCCUUCCAAGUGAAAGGAUCGUGUAAAUCUUUAGGAGCACUUGACGUGACUAAACAAUGGGAUCGAAUGUUGGGGGCAUGAAUCUGAAGCUUCUGAUUGACCAGAAGAACAACAGGGUGCUCUUUGCCGAGGCAGGGAAGGAAUUUGUGGACUUCAUCUUCCAUAUUCUUGCUUUGCCAGUCGGGACGAUCACUCAACUCAUCAAUGCAAAGGAUAUGGUGGGCUCCAUUGGGAACCUCCACUCGAGCAUCUUGAACCUUAAUGACACAUACAUGAGAUCUCGCUUAAAGUUAAAACUCUUGGAGCCCGAAGCGCCUGGCUGCGGCUCACAGAAUCUUCUCUCACUGCCUCCGGUCACGGCCUCAACUUCAAGAACUACCAAGAAAUUCUACAGGUGUACUUGCCCUCGUUACAGUAUAUGCUAUGAUUAUGCAGCAGAAAUUAAGGGUACCAGCUGCCCUCAAUGUGGAAACUCCAUGGCAGCUGCUGUCACUCUAGUGCAAGCACGAGCUACUCCUCCGGUGCAGGAGGUGUCCGGUUAUGUGAAAGAUGAUGUUACGUACAUGGUUUUGGACGACUUGACUGUGAAACCCAUGUCCACGAUAUCUUCCAUUUCUCUGCUAACCAAGUUCAACAUCCAGGACCUUGGGAUCCUUGAGGAGAGGGAGAUCAAUGUUAGGGUGAACGAGACUGACAAAGAUAGCUGCGAAAGAUUGAACCUACUCGUUUCUGAAUUAAGAAGCAGUUGCUUCUAGUUUGCUCUUGCAAGCAUGAAUGGGAUAGUGCAGUCAGUGGACACGGCUAUGAAGUUGUUGAAGGCUUCCCUGCAGUCCAAGAGGGUUCUCACUGAUGCCUUUCUUGGAAACAAGGGAGACGUGAAAGUGAACUGAGAUGGCGUCAUUUUCACUAAUGGCUUGCUUGGGGGUUGUUUUCCUUUUCAGAUGAAAAAUAAUAGGAGCGGGGAGCAAGCGCUCUUUCUUAAAGACCGAUGAGACUAAAUACAUUAAUAGUACUAUUUAAGUAAAUCUAAUGAUCUUCUGUUCGAUGCUGUGUUUGAUGAAUUCCCAUCAUUUACCUAUGAGUAACAAUAUCAUCACGCCCUGUGAUCUGUUUCGACUGAAGAUGGUGAAGAAAUUAAACCGAGAUGAUGCUUCUGUAAAAGAAAAGCCACCUCUAGACCUCGGAUAGUUCAAAGCCGGUCUGUGUAAAUCAUAUGGCACAAUGAAGAGAGUUAGUCAGCUGGUAAA